AUGAAGUACUCCACAUUUGCUGCUGCCCAGUUGGUGUCGUCAGCGGCUGCGCUGAAGCUGGCGUCACGAGAGAGCCCCAGAGUAGUCGGCCUCGACAUCCAGCGCAGAAUCGUCGACGACCCCAUUGCCCACGACCAGCUGCGCAGGAGAGGCACCGUCCAGCAGACGCUCGACAAUCUAGAGACUCUUUACUUCGCGAACGCAACCCUUGGCACACCAGAGCAGACGUUCCGUCUGCAUAUCGACACAGGGAGCAGCGACCUGUGGGUCAACUCGUACAAGUCGAGCCUGUGCACAGAGCGCGGCAACCAGUGCGGCGACUCUGGCACGUACAACGCAAACGAGUCGUCGACAUAUGAGUUUGUCAACAAUGCCUUCAACAUCUCGUACGUCGACGGCUCGGGCGCCUCGGGCGACUACGCGACCGACACGUUACGCUUCGGCGGACAGACAAUACAAAACAUGCAGUUCGGCAUUGGAUACACGUCGAGCUCGCCAGAGGGCAUCCUCGGCAUUGGCUACAUGAUCAAUGAGGUGCAGGUCAACCGCUUCAAUCUGGACGAGUACCCCAACCUGCCGCAGAAGCUGAAGAACGACAAGGCCAUCAGCGCCAACGCAUAUUCGCUGUGGCUGAACGACCUCGACGCCUCGACGGGCAGCAUUCUCUUCGGCGGCGUCGACACAGACAAGUACAGUGGCACGCUCAGCACGCUGCCCAUCAUCCAAGAGCAGGGCGUCUAUGCCGAGUUCAUCAUUGCCCUCACUGACAUGGGCGUUGGCAGCAACAAGACGUCGCUGUUCUCCAACUCGAACGUUGCCGUGCUCCUGGACUCCGGCUCCUCGCUCAUGUACCUCCCCGACGCCGUCGCGACGGCCUUGUACACGCAGUUCAACGCCCGCUACGACUCGCGCCAGGGCGCUGCCUUUGUCGACUGCGACCUCGCCAACCAGGAUGGAUCGCUCGAGUUUGGCUUCAGCGGCGUCACCAUCUCGGUCCCCUACAACGAGCUCGUCAUCACCGCAGCCGUCAGCCGCGGCCAGCCUGUGUGCAUCCUCGGCAUCGGCCCCGCCGGCAGCAGCGUGUCCGUCCUCGGCGACACGUUCCUGCGCUCCGCAUACGUCGUGUACGACCUCGACAACAACGAGAUCUCGCUCGCCCAGACCAACUUCAACGCCACCAGCUCCAACGUCAAGGAGAUCCAGGCCGGCGCCUCGGGCGUGCCCGGCGCCAGCGUCGUCGCCAACGCCGUCUCCACUGCUGCGGUCGGCACCGGUGGACCGCGCGUCAACAGCCCGUCCGUCACGGGCACAGGCGCCGCCUCGACGGGCGCUGCGAUGGCCAUGGCGACUGCUGCGCCGUGGCUGGCCGGCGCCGGCGCCGCGAUGCUAAUGGGCUUCAACGGCUUCUGA